AUGACUUUAAAUCAUCCAUCAUCUGUACGAGAUUUUAUUCGUGUGAACUUUGGACCAAUUUGUACUAGUGCUGGCAUACAAUUAUCAAAUAUGAUACGUGGAAAGGGUACAGGUGCUGGAACCAAUGAAAUUUUGUUUUCUAGUAAUAUUUAUGAUUCAUCAACUGUUCCAUUAGCAGAUGAUUAUGUAUUACAACAUUUUUUUACAUUAUUUUGGUGA